GAUGAAGCACAUUUUCAAUUCAUGUUCAUGAUUUUUUUUUGUUACAUUUUUGGCUUUCGAUUUUCGCCGGACAAUUAUAACACAAAACCACGAGGAUUGUGUGCAUUAGUUUUUUAUUUUUAUUUUUCAUCAUUCUGCUGCACGUAGGUUUGGUUAAUUUUUUUUUCAUAAAAUUACUCCACUGUAUACGAUCAGCGAUCAUUAUCAAAGUUAUUUUCAACAGUUUCUUUGUAAGAUUUCGAAUCUCUUGACAUUUGUUUUCUAAAACACAAAAUUCUGCCUUGCUAAUUCAUUAGUAUAGUAAAUAUAAAAACCAUUUAUAUUCAUCAUGACAAAACCAGCACCAUUGAAGUGGGCUCAACGUAAAGAUUUAGUUUAUCUUAAUUUCGAAGUUCAAGAUGCAGCCAAUCCUGAGGUCGUGGUUGAAAAGGAUAAAGUCAUCUAUAGAGCUGAAACCAAAGAUAAGCAAAAAUAUGAGACCAUAUUGAAUUUGUUUGGCGAAAUCAAACCAGAAGAUUCCAAAUGGAUCAACCGGGAUCGUGGUGCUGAAUUCGUCUUGAUUAAAAAGGAUUCUGGUUCAUUUUGGAAACGUUUAUUGAAAGAAGAUACUAAAUAUCAUUGGCUCAAAGUGGAUUUUAAUCGAUGGAAAGAUGAAGAUGAAAGCGAUGAUGAAGCUGGUGGUGGUGGUACCAAUUUCGAAGAGAUGAUGAGACAAAUGGGUGGUAUGGGCGGUAUGCCUGGUAUGGGUGGUAUGCCAGGCAUGGGUGGCAUGCCAGGUAUGGGUGGUAUGCCAGACAUGGGUGGAAUGGGAAAUUUCGACGAUAUGGAAGAUUAUGAAAAAGAUAGCGACGAUGAAAAUAUUCCCGAUCUAGAGGGUGGUGAUGAUAAGGACGCCCAAAAGAAUGACGAUGAUAACAAAAAAGAAAAAGAAUAGAAAAUGGCUAUUUUGUCCAUGUUUUUGCUGUCGCAUACAUUUCCUUUUCACUUACACUUAUAUUGUCUUAUUCCUUUUUUUCUGUAAUACCGAUAUGGACAAACACAUAAACAAAGUCAAUGUUUUUAUAUUCAUU